CAUAACGUAGUAGGAGUUCGUUGCAAGAGGUUGUGUGUGUUUAUUUAUACUCAGUGUUUUGGUGGAUGAUAAAAGAUUAGCGCAUCUUCCACGGACGUUCUACUUUCAGUGUUGUGAUUCCUUACUUGUCUUUGGAUAAUGUUAUCUAGGAAGAUUCCAGCUUUUAAUAUGUUUUCAAACACCAGUGUUGGUCCUAACCCAGUUCGAGACCGAGAUCCGUUUGAGAAAUGCUAUAGAGUGGGCCCAGUACUUGGUAAAGGUGGAUUUGGAACUGUUUACGCUGGUACCAGAAUCAGAGAUAAUGUUCCGGUCGCAAUUAAACAUGUUGCAAAAGAAAAAGUGACAGAAUGGGGACAGCUAAAUGGAGGCAGGAUACCCUUGGAAAUAUGCCUGCUGAAGCAAGUGAAUCAUGUAAAGGGAGUUGUGAAGCUUUUGGACUAUUAUGAACGCCCAGAUUCUUUCAUAAUUGUGAUGGAAAGGCCAGAAUCGGUGAAGGAUCUGUUCGAUUAUAUUACAGAGAAAGGAUUUCUGGAAGAGAAACUUUCCCGUGUGUUUUUUCAUCAAGUUGUGGAAUCUGUUAUAGACUGCCAUAAAUCGGGUGUUAUACACCGAGAUAUUAAGGACGAAAAUAUUCUUGUGGAUUUAAAAAAUCUGACACUGAGGCUUAUUGACUUUGGUUCCGGUGCAUUCUUAAAGGAUACCAUGUACACAGAUUUUGAUGGAACACGAGUGUACAGUCCACCAGAAUGGAUUCAUAGCCAUCGUUAUAAUGGACGUGCUGCAACAGUGUGGUCUCUGGGUAUUUUGUUAUAUGACAUGGUGUGCGGAGAUAUACCUUUUGAACAAGAUGAACAAAUCCUGAGAGCUGAUGUGAGGUUCAAGAAAUUUCUCUCAAAUGAAUGCAAAGACCUUAUCAGGAAAUGCCUUUCAGUUAGAGCAGCAGACAGACCAACAUUGGAGGAAAUUCUUCGACAUCCGUGGAUGACGAUGCCGCUUGAAAACCUCCCUUCACCCAGCAUUCCUGUUCGUCAUAGUGCCCGUAACAUUGAGGACUGUCUCGAACUGAAUUCUUCUGCAAGUAGCCAAGAAAGCAUUUGACUCCACCUUGGCCUAAUUUAUUAACUGUACCAUAGACAAAUGUAAUGGUUCCUAAAUGCCUGAAGCCCACUUGAGCUAGUUCUCAGCGCCGCUUCUAGGUUGAGAGACGAGGAUCCGUUAGUUGACUAUUUGGGUUCCCACAGUGCUCUUAUUUAUUUUAUUUAUUAUUGUUGUCUCUUAAAUGUGUAAGAUACAGCUUUGAAAUGUACUUAUUCUGUUGCCAAAUGAACACAAACUUUUAGGGGAGGAGGUAGUACUCUAAAAAUGACUAGAUUUGUCAUUUUUUUAGCUUUAUUUAUUUGUAGAAUGUGACUUAAACCUCGUUUAAUUAUGACUUUCAUUUUAAUCUAAAGCAUUAAGUUAGAUUGCCUGAAUAUUUUUACAAAUUAAAUCUUUAAAAUUGUACUUCAUAUAUUUAAAUUGUUUUUUAUUGAAUUCUUAAGAGUAGUUUAUUGUUUUUCUUUUUUAAUUAAUGUUAUUCAGUAAUGUAAACAUUAACUUUUUGUUAUCAUAAAUAAUUAAUGGGGGAAAAUUGAAGUCAGAUUGUUGAUUUGUUAUCUUUCAAGAAUAGAUGUAGUUUACUUAGCAUACAGAUUAGUAGAUCAUGACGUCUACUAAUUCUGUUUAGAUCUUUUUAUUGGUUCAAGUUCCUGAGUUUAUCAAAGAUUGUAUCUUGCACAUUUGUUUGUUCAUUGUUUUGUACAACGUUCCAAUGUUGUCAACAAAUUUGUAUGAAAACAUUCCAGUGAUAUUAGCCAUGCGAGAUGAAAAAUGUUUUGUCCCAACUAAGAUAUUAUUUAAAUAGGUAUUUAAAUCAAGCUGGCCUGUAUUAGCAUUAUUGUUAAUUUAAAAGCUUAGCUGCAAUAUUUUUUGUCGGUGCAUUUGAAUUAUUUAAAGUGGGAACCCUGUUUUUACGAAUUGAAGUCAUCACUGCCCCGCAUCAUGAUUGUGUAGUCCAAAGACCAAUGGACCAGAGGACUAUUUAUUUGGACAAGUCAAAUGUGUGUCCUGUUCACAGUUGCUGUCUAUUUAUUAAUGUAAAUAUGUAAAUAGGCUGAAUGAGCUGCAAAGUUCCUUAAGGAGUUUGUAUAUUUGCAACAAAUACCUUUAAUUUAUUUCUGCUGGUGAUGCAGUGUGUUCAUAAGCUACCAGAAGCGGCUCAUUGGCCAAAAAGUGCAAGUUGCUGCUAACUUGUAUAAGAAAACUGUUCAUGUUCUUGUGCUUUUAUUGGGCCUAUUGUCAGCUGCUCUUCUAUGAAAGCAUUUUGUACAUAUGUAAAUAUAUAAUUAUUAACCAGAGGUAUUUUUCUAUGCAGGGAAAUUCCAAAAUAAACUAGAUGUAAAACUA